CCUGCACGCGAUCGAGGCGAUCCCGGGGGUAUAUCACCGGCUGCCAGCACCCCCGCGUCAGUUGGAUGGAAACUCGUUGAUAUAACAUCGACUGCUCAUGAAUGAAAUCAAGCACAGGGCUUCGUAGUAGAAAUGUGUACACGGAUUUUGGAUAUUUUCCUAAUUCUGAACUACAGUGCCAAGUGUUAGCUUUCUUUUCGGUCUUUGAAAUAUCUCUUCGCGGGGAUAAAAGAAACGUCCGUGGUUUUGAGAAGUCGUUUAACGUUGAUGUCUAGAGAUUUCUCCCACGAAGUGCACUAGAAGUUUCAUCCAAGUAACUCUACACGGCGUUUCUGUGUAUCUGUAUGUGUGACGGCAGUUGAUGGAAAUUUAACCAUGGGCAUCAAAAGUGAAUUCCGUACCUGUAAUUUUGGAUUAAACCACAGUGAACCUCGUAUAUUCGUUUCAUCUCAGUGGGGCCACCCUCGUCUCUACCUGUCCUGGAGGAUAUUCUGGGCUCUGUUUCAUACAUCAUGGCUGGUCAGUAGCAUGGUGUCUUCGACCAAAGUGACGUCAUCACCGCUAGGUGGCGCUGUAUGGUUCAUCUAUCUCACGAACUGGACCUACCUCUUGCUGACCACCAGUACUGUCCUGGACGCAGUCAUCGUGGUGUUCGUCAGGAUCAACAGACAGGACAUUAUUAAUGGUUUUACCUCAUAUCUACCGUGGUACCUGAAGGUAUCUUGGCUCCUCAACAGUGUCGUCACUGAAGGGAGUUUCCACAUUAGCGCCAUCUAUUGGAGUUUUGUUUUUACAGAUCAAAAUAUAACAGUUUUGAGAUUCAUCCUUCACGGUAUGAACUCCAUCUACGUCUUGUGCAACCUCUUCAUCACCGCCAUGCCAGUACGUGUGUAUCACGUGAUCUACCCAGUUAUCUAUGGCGUCAUCUACACAGUUUUCAGUGUCGUUUAUUACAUUCUUGGUGGGACCAAUGAAAAGGGAGAACCGUAUAUCUACAAGAUUCUUGAUUGGUCCAAUUUAAAGCGGACUCUACCUCUUGUGUUUCUGAGUACAUUUGUAGCUCUACCUUGUUUAUAUUUAGUUGUUUUCUUUAUUCACAAACUGAGAAUAUACCUGCGUUCGAAAUGUCUCCAUGACAACAAUGACAUGAGGAUCUUGGACACAUCAAACGAAAGAACUGACAGUGAAUGUGCGCGUGUUUGAAUAAUAUUAUAUAUCGUGUUACCGUUCAGACAAAACAGGAAUCGUGUUAAUAGUCCUUAAAAAAUAGACCAGUCUCAAUGGUACGAUUUCAAGUAAUUUUUUAAUCUCAUGUAGCUUCGCGAACACCAAGUGCCAUCACCAGUGAUCCAUUCGUAUAUUUUUCACCGCUAUUUUGCCUUUUACACCGGACGGAAUCUGUUUCGGAGAACAGUCGAGACUGGUCAUUCUCUGGUGUUACAUAUUUUGGAAAGGACAAAUUGAAUGGAUCUACCUUUGUGACUGCAUUUCACCUGGUAUAUGCAGAGGGAUCAUUGCGACGAACAUACAGAGAGGCCGUUGCUUGCGCUAGACUUAGACAAAGACAUUAUCCAAUGGGAACCUGUAGAUAUACUUCCAUGAAAAUGGCACUGUCAAGAUGUUAUACUUACGCUUGGUCGAUCUGUUGUAUUAUACACGUGGUACUAACGCACGUUAUAAAUAUGUCCAUGAUGUGUCUGAUUUUCUCAAUACAUUUUAAUACUAUUUGUUACAUUGUU